AUGCGCUUGGGGGACAACGGCUCGGAGGUGACCGAGUUCAUCCUGCUGGGCUUCUCUGGCUCGCAGGGCCUGCACCUGGGCCUGCUGGCGCUGUUCCUGCUGGUCUACGUGCUGACCGUCACGGAGAACCUGGUCAUCGUCACGGUGAUCCGCGCCAGCGCGCUGCGGCACAAGCCCAUGUACCUGUUCCUCAGCCACCUGUCCUUCCUGGAGGCCUGGUACAUCUCCGUCACGGUGCCCAAGAUGCUGCUCGGCCUGGCGGCGCGCGAGCUCCGCCACAUCUCGUUCCGUGGCUGCAUGGCGCAGCUCUACUUCUUCCUGGCGCUGGCCUGCACCGAGUGCGCGCUGCUGGGCGUCAUGGCCUACGACCGCCACGUGGCCAUCUGCAGCCCGCUGCGCUACCCGGCCAUCCUGAGCCCCGGCUUCUGCCGCCUGCUGGCCGCCGGCUCCUGGCUCUCGGGCUUCUCCAUCUCCCUGGGCAAGGUCUUCUUCAUCGCGCGCCUGGGCUACUGCGGCCCCAACGUCGUGAACCACUUCUUCUGCGACGUGUCGCCCCUGCUUAACCUGGCGUGCUCCGACAUGUCCGUGGCCGAGCUGGUGGACUUCCUGCUGGCGCUGCUCAUCCUGCUGGGGCCGCUGCUGCUCACCAUCUUCUCCUACGCGUCCAUCAUCCGCACCGUGCUGCGCAUCCCGUCCGCCGCCGGCCGCCGGAAGGCCUUCUCCACCUGCGCCUCGCAUCUGGCCGUAGCGGUCACCUUCUACUCGGCCUCCCUCUUCAUCUACGCGCGGCCCCGCGCCAUCUACUCCUUCGACUUCAACAAGCUGGUGUCCGUGGUGUACACGGUGCUCACGCCCCUGCUCAACCCGGUCAUCUACUGCCUGCGGAACCAGGAGGUCAAGGAGGCCCUGCGCAGGACGGCCCAGCGCGCAGCCCAGGCCCUGGGCGGCCCCUCCUAG